GCCAACGGCAGCUCCAUCACUGAGUUCCUCCUCCUGGCCUUCGCAGACAGAUGGGAGCUGCAGCUCUUGCACUUCUGGCUCUUCCUGGGCGUCUACCUGGCUGCCCUCCUGGGCAACGGCCUCAUCAUCACCGCCAUAGCCUGGGACCACUACCUCCACACCCCCAUGUUCUUCUUCCUCCUCAACCUCGCCCUCCUCGACCUGGGCUCCAUCUCCACCACUGUUCCAAAAGCCAGGGCCAAUUCCCUGUGGGGCACCAGGAACAUCUCCUACACCAGAUGUGCUCUCCAAGUUUUUCUAGUUGUCUUUUUUAUUUCAGCAGAGAUUUCUCUCCUCACCAUCAUGUCCUACGACCGCUACGUGACCAUCUGCAAGCCCCUGCACUACGGGACCCUCCUGGGCAGCAGAGCUUGUGUCCACAUGGCAGCAGCUGCCUGGGCCAGUGGGUUCCUGAAUACUCUCCUGCACACGGCCAAUACAUUUUCCCUCAACCAGUUCUUCAGUGAAAUCCCCCAGAUCCUCAAGCUCUCCUGCUCACAAGUCUAUCUCAGGGAACUUGGAAUUGUCAUGGUUAGUGUCUUAGCUGGAUUUAGUUGUUUUGUUUUCAUUGUGGUGUCCUAUGUGGAGAUCUUCAGGGUGGUGCUGAGGACGCCCUUGGAGCAGGGACAGCACAAAGCCUUUUCCACCUGCCUCCCUCACCUGGCCGUGGUCUCUCUCUUUGUCAGCACUGUCAUGUUUACCUACCUGAAGCCCUCCUCUAUCUCCUCCCCAUGGCUCAACCUGCUGGUGUCAGCUCUGUAUUCGGUGGUGCCUCCUGCAGUGAACCUCCUCAUCUACAGCUUGAGAAACCAGGAGCUCAAGGAUGCUCUGAGGAAACUGGGAAAUGGAUGUUCUUCUAAACAAUAA